UUCUCUCUCCUCCCACCGGAGAAAGAGGCUGGGAGCCGGCCAGGCGGGGAAUGCGCAAGUCCCAUCCCCAUCAUGGCGCUCGGGCGGCGGGUGCUGCUCCUCUUGUGGCUCCUUUUCCCCUUGCUCCGAUACCGAAUCUUUGCUGUAGAGCUGAUAUCCACCAACCCAAAUCCUGUUGUGCAGGAGUUUCAGCGUGCUGAACUUUCCUGCAUCAUUGCCACCACCAAGACAGCCAACCCUAGAAUUGAGUGGAAGAAGAUUGGCAGCAAGGAAACCACCUAUGUGUUCUUCGACAACAAGAUGCAGGGAGAUUGGGCGAACCGUGCCCAGCUCAACAGCAGAACGUCGCUGGUCAUCUCCAACGUGACCCGGGCAGAUAAAGGGAUCUACCGGUGUGAAGUGGUGGCACCUGAGGAUGCACGAAUUGGAGCAGAGAUUAAUAUCAACCUGACAGUUCACGUGAAACCAGUGCCCCCAAAGUGCCACGUGCCCCAAUCUGUGCCUGUGGGCAAAUCCGCCACCCUCCAGUGCCAGGAAAAGGAAGGCUUCCCAGAGCCGACAUACAACUGGUACCACAAUGGCGAAGCUUUGCCGCUCGACUCUAAAUCCAGCUCCAAAUUCCAGAACUCCUCCUUCACGGUGAACACAAAGACAGGCACGUUGGUCUUUAGCGAAGUGCAGAAAGGAGACACGGGCCGUUACAGCUGCCGGGCAAUGAAUGCCGUCGGUGAUGCUUGGUGCGAAGACUCUGUGAUGGAAGUUUAUGACUUGAACAUUGCAGGGAUUGUUGGAGGCAUCUUGGUGGUCCUCUUGGUCCUGUCUCUAACCGCUUUGGGAAUCUGCUGCGCCUACAGGAAGGGCUUCUUUGUCAACAACAAGCAGGAUGGAAACAGCUACAAAACUCCGACCAAACCUGAUGGCGUGAACUACAUCCGCACAGAUGAAGAGGGUGACUUUAGGCACAAGUCUUCCUUUGUGAUAUGAAGCGGCGAGGACAUUUGCAGUUUGCCCACCGGCGAGAAACGGAGCCGUGUGUGGAAGCACUCUUCCUUCUGGAACUCUUUUAAGCAAGAGCAGAUGAUGGACUUUGUGCACGUGGGAUGCAGCCGGCGGACGGGAAGGACCACUACAGAGCACAUGCUUGUGCGCAACUCGGUUUUACUACUUCUAUUUUUUUUCUUUUUUGGCCAAAGUUGAGCAGCAAUUUUUAACAACCAAACUGGUCUCUUCUACCUUAAGGAGGUAUCCUGUAGAUCACCGUGAUCUUCCAGAAGAUUUAUUUUUCGCCUUUGGCAGGAGAAAGCAAAUCUGCAAACGAACAUAAGUAACUUCUUCCUGGGACUCUUACUAGUCUUUCCUGCAAAAGGUUGGAGGACUACUUUUUGCGGUCGUUUACAAAAGGGGAUAGCUAAACUCAGUAGGGGAAAAAACAGUCUUAGAAACUGAAGUUCUUAUUUUGCCUUCCUUCCUUCUUUCCUUUCUGCUUGCUUGCUCCUUCUUUGCUUCCUUCUUUGCUCCCUUCCUUGCUUCCUUUUUGCUCCCUUCUUUACUUCCUUCUUUGCUUCUUUCUUGGUUCCCUUCUUGUCUCCCUUCUUUGCUUCCUUUUUGCUCCCUUCUUGGCUCCCUUCUUUGCUCCUUUCUUUUCUCCUUUCUUUGCUCCCUUCUUUGCUUCCUCCUUUGCUCCCUUCUUUGCUUCCUUCUUGGCUCCCUUCUUGGCUCCCUUUUUGGCUUCCUUCUUUACUUCCUUCUUUGCUUCCUCCUUUGCUCCCUUCUUUGCUCCCUUCUUGGCUUCCUUCUUGGCUCCCUUUUUGGCUCCCUUCUUUGCUUCCUUUUUGCUUCCUUCUUUGCUUCCUUCUUUGCUUCUUUCUUGGCUCCCUUCUUGGCUCCCUUCUUUGCUUCCUUUUUUGCUCCCUUCUUUUGUUUCCUUCUUUGCUCCCUCCUUUGCUUCCUUCUUUGCUCCCUCCUUCGCUUCCUCCUUUGCUUCCUUUUUCGCUCCCUUCUCCGCUCCCUUCUUCACUCCCUUCUUUCCUUCCUUCCUUCCUUCCUUCCUUCCUUCCUUCCUUCCUUCCUUCCUUCCUUCCUUCCUUSCUUCCUUCUUUGCUUCCUUCUUUCCUUCCUUUCUUCCAACAUGUUACAAUGAUAGAAUGACACUCUGACAUUAAGAAGUAGAAUGCUACAACCUGUGAGCAAAAAGUCAAGUAGCCCUGUCUUGUGGCUCAUUUGAGAUGACAAGUCCAGCAAUAACAUUAAAAGUGGACGACUUACAGGCAUAAAGCCCUAGAAGAUACCUUCACCUCCCAAAAAAACCCAUUGCAAUGACCUAUCCUUCACCCCCCAAAAAACCCAUUGCAAUGACCUAUCAUUCACCCUCCAAAAAUCCCACUUUAAUGACCUAUCCUUCACCCCCCAAAACCCACUAUAAUGACCUAUCCUUCACCCCCCAAAAAACUUACUCUAAUGACCUAUCCUUGCCAUGCUGCCUUCUUUGUCGCACUCAGCAACACAUGGCAGAAUUAAUAUGUCACAGAAGCAGAGUUUAAGUUCCUAGAAGCAAGUCACUUUUGGUGGACUACAACUCCCUUCUGGUCUAAUUUAAUUGGUAGCAGCCAUACUGUUUGGGAGACAGUGUGCAACUUCCAAAAAAGUAACUUCUGUGGGCUCAGACAGUGUAUCUGUCUUUGUUGAGCAUCUGUAUUUAGUAAUAAGAAGGGCAAAACUUGGUAGAGAUGGUUCCAUGGGAGUGAUCACAUCAUCACACUAGAGAAAAAAUCCGCUUUAAAUCCGGUUUCUGCCUCGGGCAGAAUUCUGGGGUUUGUAGUUUAGUGAGGCUGUUAAAGGCUCCUCCCUAAACUACAAACCUCAGAAUUCUGCACGAGGCAGAAAAUGAAUUUUAAGUGGAUUGUUUCUCUAGUGUGAUGAGGCCUAAAAGAUCCAAAGUUUGACUUUUUCUCCAAUCCAUCCCAGGUCCCUACUGUCAAAACAUGAUGGUUAUGAAACACUGCCAUACACUGACAUAUUCAUAAUUUCGGCAUUUGGUGGCAAAGCUAAACGUUCUAAUUUGACAGCGUUCUUACAUACAUCUGCGUAGACUUGCCCACAGCUCUUCGGAAAUUAGAAUUGGGAGAGCAAGGCACAAAUGCCUUCUUUUCGGUUUGGUGCCAGUUGCCACUCUCUUAAGAGGAUGAGCUGGAGUCUCUGCUUCUUUCCUUCGCAUCCCUGUCCGCACACAGCGUCCAAUCAGCUUUAAGCCCUUGCCAGUCUACGUAUCCCAAUCUGGGCGAUUCCCAAAAGCCAAACUCUUCUGAUAAGACAGGGCACAAGAUUCCAACACGUUACCGGGAUCGAAAAAGUCGGGCUUUUCUACUCUCUCCCCGUUUCUUGUUUUAUAAAAAUCUGCAUCCAAUUUCUUCUUUGCAAAGAUAUAUUUUGAUUACUUAAGAAAAACAAAGUGGUUAAUGUUUCUAUUUAAAGUGUAAAUACGGUUGGUCGGCCAAACAGUGUUAAGUAACAAUGCAGCUAUUUUGAAAAAAAUUUUUUUUUUUUUUGGUUUAGUGUUUGGUGGUUUUGCUUAAUGAUGGGGCAAGGCUUCUGGUGCUGAAUCAAACCAUAUCAGUAUUGUGAGCGGAGCCCAAAGACACAGAACUGUAGAAAUAAGCAAGAAAGCAUUCCGUUCCUUGAUGGGGGAAUAUAAUGAGGGGGGAUGCAGAGAAGAGAGGUGUGUAGAAAAUGUGUCAUCUGCAGCAGAAGGAUUUCUGUCUAAGGCCACACCUAUGCUGCAGUAUAAAGCAGUUUCAAACUGCAUUAUAUGAAUGUAGACCAGGCAUGGGCAAACUUCGGCCCUCCAGGUGUUUUGGACUUCAACUCCCACAAUUCCUAACAAUUCCUUGGCAGGGAAGAGUAAAUAGCUCACAAAACUACAGAGAGAGCCUUGUGCCAUGGCAGUUAAUCUGGUAUCAAACUGGUACAACACUGCAGUGUGGAUACAGUGCGGGAGCUCUCGCUGAGAAAGAUAAUGGCCAGAUUGAAAGUAUUAGAUCAUCUGCACUGCAGAAUUAUUGCAGUUUGGCACCACUUGUAACUAUCUUAAUAUCUGGCAUUUGUAGUUUGAUGUGACACUAGGGCUCCCUGACAGGGAAGGGUAAAUAGCUCACAAAACUACAGAGAGAGCCAUGGAGGUUAAUAUGGUAUCAAACUGGUACAACUCUGCAGUGUGGAUACAAUGUGGGAGGCUUUCGCUGAUAUGUCAUAAUAAACUGUUUUUGAAAUUG